CAAAACUGAUGGCUAAGAUCUCUAAUUUUAAUUAACACAAAAAAUUUGAGUAAUGUGCGUUCGCCUUAACUUGCACUAUCGACUUGACAUUAAUACUUGGCUGUGCGAUAAUAUACCUUUGCUUUUUCUCCACAGUAAAGAGUACGGAAAAAAUGACAUUAGUCAACUGUCAAAUCAAAAGUCAAAAACGAAGAAACCAGAAAAUGGCCGAAGGAAAGGAAUGAAGCUUCCUUUAUUGAUAAAAUAAUUUUGUACAAAAUGGGUGAAAUAAACAUUAAUAUUGAGGGAUACAAUGUAAACGGAAUAUGUGUGGGAUGUCUUAAUUACAACAGAAAAAUGUUUUACAACGACGAAGUGAAACGGUGCUACAAGAUUUUAGGAAAUAUCGAUGUGCCUGAUGGCUUAUCGAUUCAGGUGUGCUGGGAAUGCCUGGCCCAUACACAGAAUGUUAUGAGGUUUAGACGGCAAAUAAUUAAGUCCUUCGGUAUAUUGAUUGAGUAUUCUGAAAAGCAAUUCUUUCUGAACUCGCCCACCGAUUUAUCUAGUCAUGCAGUGCAGAGACUUUCAUCCAAAACCUUUGAAAUUUCCUCUGAACUACCCCCCAAGUUUGUAACUCCAGUGGAAGAAAUAAAGUAUGAGGUUGAAAAGACUGAAAAUGUUGAACAGGCGAUAGAAAUUCAUAGUAAAAUCCAAGAGCUAGAUAAUGCUGAAGUAGAAGUAAAAGAAGAGUUCGAAGAGACUCAGUCGGAUAUAUUCCAAUUCAGUGUGGACGAGUACUCACAGGAUCACACCCAGCAGAGCUCGGAAGAUGACCUAGUUCUAUCCAAGUUGAAGACUGAAGAUGGCAAGAAGAGAAAGAGAGGUAGAAAAAAGAAAGUUGACAGGAAGAAGGUUAAACGGAAACUGGAAAAGGCUAAAAUAAACAGUAGAAAGCUGAAGAACCUUCCAGAGAACCUGGUGAAGCUUUACAAAAUGGACGAAGACGAAAUGCUUCGCGUCAGACAGACGGACGCGGCGAGCGAGGCGUUUCUGCGCCUGCGCAACAAGUGCGCGCACUGCCUCAUAGGGUUCAACACCGCCAAGCAGAUGGAGGUGCAUAUGAACGGGAAACAUGCUCCGAAAAGUGAAAACGAUUAUCAAUGCGAUAUAUGCAAGGCGUUCUUCAUCACAAAAGACAAUAUAAAAAUACACAAGAAGCUACAUCUCAUCGCUUAUAGAUGCCGCGAAUGCAAUUUAGUGACGACAGUGAAAAAGGUCAUGGUUGCCCACGAGUGUGCCAAAUUCGCUAUAGAAUCGGUCAACAUUUGCCCGGACUGUCCGGACAAAUCGUUCAGCACGAAGGCAAAACUCUUGUACCACAGAAACGUAACACAUCAAGAGAAGCCGCAGUGCGAUUGCUGUGGUAAAGUUUUUGCGAACAAAAUGACCCUCAAAUAUCAUCUCAAAAUACUUCCCCAGAAUAAAGAUGAGAAACAAAAGGAAAAGCUAACAAUACCUUGCAAGGGCUGUGAUAAAGUUUUCCACUCGAAGAAAAGUUACAGAGCACACGUGGUUAUCCACGACGGGCUCUCGUACCCGUGCGUGGUCUGCGGGAAGCUGUUCCAGUGGAAACGGAACCUGGCGCGCCACAUGCGCAACCACCGAGAGAAGGAGCAAGGGGCGACCCACCAGUGUCGGGAGUGCGGGAAGAGCUUUUCGAGCCGGGACUGCUACAACAAUCAUAUGAGGUUCAGCAAGCGACACGCGCACGAGAACUCGUACAUCCACUCGUGCCAUUUUUGCGGCAAAAAGUUCGCGACCCGCUGGUGUAUGAACGAUCACAUUGAUUGGGACCACUUGAAAAUCAUCAAAUACCAGUGCUCAAUAUGCUUUAAGCCAUUCAAAACAGCCAAGAUAAUGGUGGCACAUAUGAAUAAUAUACACGAGGGCAAAAACAAGAGGGAACCGGACGGUGAGCAUCUUUGCGAGAUAUGCGGGAAAUCUUAUAAGACUGUUAAGAGACUGAAGGGCCACGUGUGGGCGAUGCACACCAACCGCUCGGAGUCGAAGAGCUUCAAGUGUCCGCUUUGUCCGGCCACGUUCAGCUGGCAGACCUCCAUAUACAAGCAUAUUAAGAUGAUGCAUUACACCAAGCGGCUGAAGAUUUCCCAGCAGCCCCGUGUAGCAGCCAAGAAGCCGGAGCCCUACCCGGGCAUCGAACUGGCGAACCGGAUGCAGUACUUCCAACAGAACAUCGCCGGCAAUCUGGCGCAGAACGUACCGCCGCCUCUUGAUAUUGUACAUAGUAGCUGAAUGAAAUAAACACUUUGUAUAACA